AUGUACACCAAAAGAAUCGAACACAAGAACCCAGAAGCCAAUAUCAAGGCUCUCCAAGAUUUGAAUCGCACGGGUCGUACGAUCUUUGCAAAAACUUCCCUCGAAUACAAAACAUUGAUGGGAGCUCCCCCCAGGCUAGCAGGAGAGCCAGGAAUUGAUAUUGAGAAUCCUGAUCAUUGCACCAGCUUAAUUCCAAAAGGAACAUUACCUGUGUUGCUGAGCCCUCGUUCGUUUCUCGAAUAUGCGUUUCGAUAUCCAUAUUAUGCAUACGUCGAGCAUGAGCUCAAACUUGGGUAUAAAGUAGACACUUCAGUGGGCAGCACUUCUUUGCUACACUCUGCAACAUGUGCUGGAGACUACAAAAUGAUGCAGAUCCUACUUCGAUACGGUGCAGAUCCAAAUUACCACUCAGAAAUAGAUCCAACUUGUUCAAACUCUUGGGAACAACACAUCGAGCUGAGCCUUUUACGGAAUAGUUGGAAAGUAGGAGGCUCCAACGAACUCGACCGCGAAGCAAAAACUAUCGCUUUGUUCCUAGAAUAUAAGGCCGAUACUAGAGCUGUUGUUCAGGGCCAAUCUGUUAAAAGCAUCAUAUAUCGAUUCAAAGACUGGGAUAAAGGACGAACAGCUGAGCUCCUCGAGAAAUUCGACGUCGCAAGAAAGGCUCAAGCGCGGCCGAAUAGACUAUCCAUCAUGUUUGCAAAUUUGGGACGGACUAAUUCCAGAACAAAGUGA